UAUGAGUUUUUCUGUUUUUCAGAACACUUACCGCUGUGCCAGACUAGCAGUAGGAGCGACUUUGCAGCUGGUGGAUGCUGUAAUGUCAGGAAAAGUGUGCAAUGGAAUGGCACUAGUAAGACCUCCAGGUCACCACAGCCAGCGAAGUGCAGCUAAUGGGUUCUGUUUGUUCAACAAUGUUGCUAUUGCAGCAGAACAUGCAAAACUGAAAUACAGUCUGCAGAGAAUCCUAAUUGUUGACUGGGAUGUGCACCACGGGCAAGGAACUCAAUAUAUAUUUGAAGAGGAUCCAAGUGUUGUAUAUUUUUCCUGGCAUCGCUAUGAACAUCAGGAAUUCUGGCCGUCACUCAAAGAGUCUGAUUAUGAUGCUGUAGGUCUGGGAAAAGGAAAAGGUUUUAACAUAAAUUUGCCUUGGAAUAAGGUUGGGAUGGGAAAUUCAGAUUAUCUUGCUGCGUUUUUCCAUGUGUUGCUUCCAAUGGCUUUUGAGUUUGAUCCUGAACUGGUUAUUGUCUCCUCUGGAUAUGAUUCUGCAAUUGGAGACCCUGAAGGUCAGAUGAACGCCACUCCUGAGGUUUUUGCCCACCUUACCCAUUUCCUGAUGCAGCUAGCUAAUGGAAAGCUGUGUGUCAUCCUAGAGGGUGGGUACCACUUAAAGUCGUUGUCUGAAUCAGUCUGCAUGACUGUAAAAACUUUGCUCGGAGAUCCUGUACCUCAAAUGACUGGAGAAAUGGCACCUUGCCUAAGUGCUGUUGAAUCUAUUCAAAAUGUGAGAGCAGCACAUAAACCCUACUGGAAAUGGUUGCUGUAUGAAGUGCCUCCCAUCAAAACAGCAACAACUGACUGUAAAGGUUCAGCACGUUUGCUCCCUGCACCUGUUCAUUUGGUCAAGGAAAUGGACAACACUGAAAUAAAAGCUCUUGUCAGUGGCUUGUACACAGACCUUGUGAAAGAGGACAAAACUUUGCUCUCUCUUGGCAGUACGUUGGCCAUCCUAGAUAAAAUACUUAAGAAGGAGGUAUGCAAUGGAAUUGCAGACUCACCCACAUCUUCGGUUUCUGUUGCUGUUGCACUAAGACAUGCUGUUCGUUUUGGAUUUCAGAGGGUGCUUUGUAUAUUUGUUGGAGACAUGCAAGUCAUACCAAGCGCAGAAGAUGGAAAAACACUCAUGAUACAUAUUUGUGAGAAAGAAGAGUCUGGAAAGACCAACUCCAAACACUAUAUUUCUCUCAACUGGAAAGAGGAUGCUGAAGGAAAUGACUUCUUUUCUGCUGUACUUGGAUUCAUUCUUCCUGUAGCAUACAGUUAUCAGCCGAACUUGACAGUGGUAGCUGUUGGACCAAACAGGAGCCUUGGAAUAAGCGGGAUUUCUCUGCUUUUUGCUUUACUACAAGGAUUAGCUGAGUCCCGGAUUUUUGCAGUGAUCGAGGACACAGAGAUAAAUGUGAUGCCAAGUGUAGCCAAAGUAUUAGUAGGUGCUUCUACACCUCACUUUGGAGUUUAUGUACCUCCUAGCCAAGAAAAAGUAAAUAAAAUAAAACUAUUAAGGCAUACUUGCCUAGAAACGUUUCUCUACGAUAACUUGCUUUCCAGCAGAAAAAGCAAUGAUGAAGGUGGGCAUCUCUCUUUGAGAGAAAGUGCCCUGCUCACUUUCAGAAGAAGUGGCCAAGAGCAGCGGUGUGGUCCCAAUGAAAAUGCUCUUACGGGGCUGGGAAACGUGGUAUGA